CGGAGCUGUACAACCAACCCCUUGUCAUCUUUCACAAAAAAGGAAUCUUGGGGGGCCGUGGGCUGCUCUGACCUCCUUGAAGCCCAGAACGUAUAAAAUCUUCAAGCUUUUGCACAGACCCGUCUCGAUUAUCUCUCUUCCCAUUCCCUGUUGCCUAACAGUUCCUUGAACAACUCGAUACCAGGAAAUUCUUCUGUGUCUUUUCCUUAAAAGUGUUGGUGAAUGGAGAAGAAGAGAGACGGAGGAGAUCAGAUGGGUAUGUUCUUUGAUGGGGUUGUAGAGGCCAUGCCAGUGUUUGCCAAGGAACUGGUUGCUGGGGGACUUGCUGGUGGGAUUGCAAAGACGGUGGUUGCACCCCUCGAGCGUGUCAAGAUUUUGUUUCAGACCAGACGAGCAGAAUUCCAGAGCAUAGGGCUGUUUGGUUCCUUUCAAAAAAUUGCAAGGACAGAAGGGGUUAUGGGUUUCUACAGAGGGAAUGGCGCUAGUGUUGCUCGAAUUAUUCCCUAUGCGGCACUGCAUUACAUGGCUUACGAACAAUAUCGCAGAUGGAUAAUACUCACUUUUCCUGACAUGGGGAGAGGACCCGUGCUUGAUCUUGUGGCAGGAUCAUUUGCUGGAGGAACCGCUGUGCUUUUUACCCAUCCUCUUGAUUUAGUUCGGACUAAAUUGGCUUAUCAGAUUGUUGGUUCGGCAAAGUUGAAUGCAAAAACAGUACUUAAAAAUGAAAACAUUUAUAAAGGAAUUAUUGAUUGUUUCUCGAAGACUUAUAAGGAGGCAGGGAUUAGAGGUCUCUACCGUGGUGUGGCCCCAUCACUAUAUGGAAUCUUCCCAUAUGCUGGUUUGAAGUUUUAUUUCUACGAGGACAUGAAACGUCAUGUCCCUGCAGAGCAUAAGAAUAGUAUUGUGGUAAAACUUGUAUGUGGAUCGGUUGCUGGCUUAUUGGGUCAGACCUUCACAUACCCUCUUGAUGUUGUCCGGAGGCAAAUGCAGGUUCAACGGCAUUUGGCAUCUAACGGUGCUGAGAUAAAAGGAACGAUAGAAACUCUUGUAAUGAUUGCUCAAAAGCAAGGAUGGAAGCAGUUAUUUUCUGGGCUGAGCAUCAACUACUUGAAGGUUGUACCAUCUGUUGCAAUCGGGUUUACUGUUUAUGAUCUUAUGAAAUCCUGCCUGAGAGUUCCAGCACGAGAUGAAGCUGUUAUUGAGGGAGCCGGAAACAUAAAUGUGAAGGGUUCAACAAUUGACGAGGGUAAUUGAAAUCUAGGAGGAUGUAUUUAUCUUCAUGUCAAGGAUCAGCAAACACUACCCCUGGUGAUUUCACAUUUGGAGAACUCGAUCGAGAAUAUUUAUUAUUUCAGGGCACCCAUAAUUGAUCAGGUAUAAGAACUGUCAAUAUGAGAAGUAGCAUCCAACAUACUUCAUGAAGCAUGAGCCAUUGAAGAAUCAUAGAGCUAAAAAACAACAUUUGACCAGAUGAUGGCGAGUGCCAUAUCUGAUUCUUAAGAUUUGAUAUCAAAUUUCACAAUUAUCAGCCUUUUCAAAUCAUUGAGCAGAUAUAUAAAGCUGGAGCAAAAGGAAGAUAUAUUUCAUACCUUGUUACAUGUAAAUCUUAGCAUGCAAACACACGCUGUUUCAAAGUUAAUGUACAACAUAUUGGCAAAUUGCUGAACUUUUUUUA